AACUUUGAAGGUUUGUUCAUCUCAAUUUUCAAUGAGGUGUCUGAAUUAUUAUUAUGGACCUAUUAUCCAUCUCAUAGAUAAUAGAAAACCUUCAAUACAAUCUAUCCCAUAUUGAAACGUGGAACGUAGUCUUGACCCAUGGAAGCCACCAAAGUACUUGGCCCAAAGACCAAACCCAUUAAAAUCGAUGACGAUGCUAAACAAGAUGGAUUACUAACGGGCCAGGCUACAACAACCUUUUUCGGACAUUUUGUAUUGCAGAGCCGGAAAGGAAGAAGAGGAGGGAUGGGGUGCAGAACAGAAGGAAAAGCAACGACGACGUGGCCGACGGUCAAACCCAAACAGAACCUCCUAGUUACCCGCUUCAAGGAUACCGAUCGCUUCGCCGUGCAGAAUUUCCUCACACCUGCAGAAUCAAAUGCAUUCAUUGAUGUUGCAGAAUCAAUUGUGUUUGCCCACCAAGUCUCAGUCCAGUGUAUGGUGAACCUUAUUGAGACAAAGGUAGAAUAUCUGUGAAUGAUCCAGCUCAUUCAGAUACAAUAUGGCAGUCUGGACUCUGCAAAUUAUUUUCUGAUAAUAAGAUUUGGGAGAAGGUUGCUGUUGGCCCAAAUCCCAACUUCAGAUUUUACUGGUUUGCUACUUGUCUCAAAAUUUUUACUUAAUAUUAUCCAGUGUCAAGGAAUAGCGGAAGUUCAAAGGUUCAUAGUUAAUUGGUGUUAGAUUGUCGAGCUCCAAAGUAGCACAUGAAAGAAUUGUACUCUCUAUAAUGAGUUUUUAAAAGGGUCUCUCUGUUACUGUGACUUUAUGAUAUGCUUCUUUAAUUGAAAAGUGUUGUAGAACUUCUUCUUGUCUUAAAUUUUUUCUAUAAACAAUCCAGUUUUCAUUUGAGCCUACCGUGAAGGAUAUUUUAACUGCCAUUCUUCCAGGUACAAGCCAGGUCAAUAGUCUGGAUGGCAUAUUGAUGAAAGUGUUGGUCUUGGAGGAGGGAAGCACACCCAUUAUACUUUGUUAAAAUAUUGAAGUGGUGUUUCUACUGGAUCAGAGCCCAUAGUCGGAGGGGACACUGUCUCCUAUGGUUCAAGAGAUAAGUGUUGUAGGCUUGUAGCUGAGGUAUAGAUGCUUUGAUUCAUAUCCCGUUGCUCCCAUUGCAUUUGUUCUCCAUGUUGCUUUUAAUCUUUCAGAGUUUGUGUGUUUCUUCAGACCUUAAUUUUCAUAGUCCAUCGUCCAUUGAUUGCAAUCCGAAUCCUGGAGGUGGCUCCUAUUGAAGGAAUGGCCCUAUUGCACAUUCAUGGGGGGACAAACGCAUGUUGCCUGAAGCUGGAAACAUUUCCAAGGGCAUCAUCAAGUGUGUCUUCCGUUCAGAUGUAGCUUUUGCUUGAAUGCCAAUAGAUUAUGAUCCUUAUUCCCUUUCCUUCUGAUAUAUAUACUAGUAGCCCUUUUAUUCAUCCAUAUCUUCAUGGCAUCUCUGCUUUUGCUGAAGUGAAGCUAAGCUGUUUUUUUUUUUAUUGU